AAACAUUCCUCAAUCACUAUGACUUCAAAUAGUCUUCUCAGACUAAAGAUUUUGAGUAUACUUUAUCUACUCUUUCUGUCUAUUAAAAGUGUUGAUUCUCAAUGGAUCGUCAACCGUCUUCCCGGUUUUGAUGGUGACUUGCCGUUUACUCUUGAAACGGGGUACAUUGGAGUGGGUGAGAACGAUGAGGUGCAACUUUUCUACUAUUUCAUUGAGUCCGAGAGGAGCCCCAAAGACGAUCCUCUGUUGCUUUGGCUCACUGGUGGACCUGGUUGCUCUGGUCUCUGUGGCCUUGUUUUCGAGAUCGGUCCACUACAAUUCAACUAUAUAAAUUCAAGUGGGAAUAAACCAACAUUUGAGCUUAACCCUUACUCAUGGACCAAGGUAGCAAACAUUAUAUUUUUGGAUCAACCUGCUGGCACCGGAUUUUCAUAUGCAACUUCUCCUGAAGCUUAUAAUGUUAGUGAUACAUUGGCCGCAGCAAAAAUCUAUACUUUUCUAAAGAAGUGGUUUAUUGUUCACACGAACUUCCUAACAAACCCACUUUAUAUCUCUGGCGAUUCCUAUUCUGGUAUUGCUGUUCCACUCGUGGUUGAGCUCAUAUCAAAUGGCAAUGAAGUUGGGCAUUAUCCUCCUUUGAACCUACAGGGAUACACACUAGGCAACCCAUAUACAUAUCUAGUCAAUGAUUCCAAUUCAAAGGUCCCAUUUGCUUACCGAAAAGCUUUAUUACCCCGUCCAUUUUAUGAGUCAAUUAAAAGAAAUUGCAAGGGCCAAUAUGUGUAUAAUCCAGAUCCCAGCAAUCCGAAAUGUGUUCAUGAUGCAAUGGUUUUCCAAGCGUGGACAAAAGACAUAUAUUUGGCACAGAUACUGGAACCGAAGUGUGAGCAUAAGCUGCAUCCGAAGCCAAACAUUACCACAUUCAAUCGACGCAGUCUAAUAAGAUUCAGGGAUUCUCAUCCUUCAACAUCUAAACCUUCGAAACGAUGGUGUCGGUAUGAUAACUAUGGAACCAAAGAGGAAUGGCUAAGAUGCAACAGAAGCUUAUCUUACACAUACGAUAUUGAAAGCACCGUCGAAUAUCAUCGAAACCUUAGCAAGAAAGCCUAUCUAGCUCUGAUUUACAGCGGGGAUCAUGACAUGUAUGUCCCAUAUGUGGGCACAAACGAAUGGAUCGAGUCGCUGAAUCUGACAAUUCAAGACGAAUGGAGGCCAUGGUUUGUUCAGGGUCAGGUUGCAGGGUACACAAAGAUGUAUAAACAAGAGAGAUAUUAUCUUACAUUUGCAACUGUAAAGGGAGGAGGUCACACGGCUCCAGAGUACAAACCAGAACAAUGUCUAGCCAUGAUAGAUAGAUGGCUUUCUCAUUACCCUCUCUAGUUUCCAAGUAUCAAUUUGAGCUAUUGUCAUCCAAGUUGGUCCUCAAUGCAAAGAAAUAAUAACUAAGAAAUAAUUAAGAGAGUAUUACCUCAUAUAUGUUCUCCUUUCGUAAUAAAUAGAGCAUGUAGAAAGUGAAGGAGUUUAUUUGAUUCACUGUAACAUUUUGCUAAACCAAAACUCUUCCCUAAAGGACCUUGUAUUUUUGUUUGCGUGUGUAUUGGACAUUUCAAUGAAAUACAGUAUCUUUA